UGGUGGCGGUGCUGGUCGUGAGUUUGGUGGUGGUCCUGAGUUUGGUGGUGGUCGUGCUGGGAUAAGGAUAAAAUGGACGGCGAACAGUCAAGCGGUGAAACCAGUGCAAAAGUUCCUGCAGGAGAUGCUGUGCAGGUAACCAUCGGCGCUACGGUGCCCACUGGCUUCGAGGGGACGGCCGCCGAUGAGGUGAGCGAGAAGAUCGGCGUGGAGGCGCUGGUCAGCAAGGACCGCGGGCGGAUCACGUUCGUGGUGCCCAGCUCCGAGCUGCGAGAGGUGCAUCAACUGCGCUCAGUUGACAAUCUCUUUGUGGUGGUGGAAGAGUUCCAGGGCUACCAGUUUAAAGAGAACAAGGAGGAGGCCUUGGCAGACUUUACCGCGCUCCCGAGCAAGCUGUCAUGGGACAUCCCCCUGGGCCUCUGGAGGCAAAACAACGACAUAAAGCGCAAGAAGACGCAUGGACAACGACGUGGGCAGCCGCAAGGGCAGCAACGGGGCAGCAUUGCAAAGGGCAUCGCAGCACCAGGGGCGACGGGCAGCGUGGAAGAUGGCGUCCAUCGUCUCAAAGUUCACGACUCGUCGGACGCCACUGGCCGUGAUGAGCAAGGUGCAGCAGCAGCAGCAUUAUCAGCCACGACCGCAAAAGAGGGGGAGGACGUCGUGGAGGCCGGAGACACCGAGAGCCCUGCCUCAGGAGAAGAUGUUGCGGCACCGGAGGAGCCGGAGGAGCUUCCGGGAGGGGAUGGCGGGAGGACAUUGCGAUUUCGCGUGACCUGCAAUCGCGCGGGCGACGGACACAGCUUCACCUCCAUGGAGGUGGCGCGUGAGUUUGGUGGAGCCGUGCAGGAUCACUUCGGCUGGAAGGCGGACAUGAAGAACUUUGACGUGGAGGUGCUGGUGAACAUCCACGACCAGGAGAUGUGCGUGGGCAUCGCCCUCACGGAGGAGAGCCUUCAUCGGAGAAACAUCACGCACUUCGGUCCUACUACCCUGCGCUCUACCCUGGCCUACGGCAUGCUCAGACUUUGCAGCCCGCAGCCUGGUGAUAUAAUCAUUGACCCGAUGUGUGGCACAGGAGCCAUACCUGUGGAGUGUGGCAUGGAGUGGCCCCGGAGUUUCCACAUCGGCGGCGACAGCUUUCCGAUGGCCACCAACCGCUCCGUCAACAACGUCAACCACCUCAACAGCAAGCGGAACAGCGGGGGAAGAAGCCUUCCCGUCGACAUUGUGCAGUGGGACGUGUGCCGCCUGCCGCUCAAAACGGCCUCCGUGGACGCCUGUGUCACCGACAUGCCGUUCGGAAAGAGGAUGGGAUCGCGCCGGAGGAACUGGGACCUGUACCCGGCGUGCUUGCUGGAGCUCGCUCGCGUGUGCAGGCCUGGCACGGGGCGCGCGGCCCUCCUCACGCAAGACAAGAAAUGCAUGUCCAAGGUGCUGAUGCAGAUGGGUCACCUGUGGCGGAAGGCGCACACGGUGUGGGUGAAUGUGGGCGGCCUGCACGCCGGAGUGUUCCUGCUGAGACGCACGGCCGCCCCGUACGACGGCCCUGGCCCAGGGCACCGCGAACGUGUGGCCCCGUACGCCGAGCGCGCUACCGCCACCGCCACCGCCGCCACUGCCGCCAGCGACGGCGCCGGCGCUCGUGACGACGGUGCGGGGAUCGGGGCCACGGGAGGCGACGCUUGAUUAUUUAUUUGUGUGGACAGUCGUCGUCCCCCUCCCCCCCAGUAACUUUCUGCAAGCUGUUUACAAUGUCUGAAAUGCCUUAGCCGCUCCGAUGCGUUUUCGGAGUUGUACCGCUUGUCGUUCAGCACGACGCCCCCAGAGCUUCCGGAAGGAAAGCUUCCCGAAAAAGCUACCGGCACGUGGAGCGAAACGUCGGACAUCGUACCAAACAACACGCGGCACGACCCGAAAACAUAUCGAAGAGCUAUACAGCACAGGCGUGAAUAAAACUCAGCAGUAGUAUCUGAAAUGCCUUAUUUUUUUGUUCAGAAAUUAGACUUUCGUGGUACUGGAAUUACAAACAGAAUGUGUGUCGAGAUAUAUCUCAUGUUUGCAUGCAUGUACGGCACUUUUUGCUCCAUUAGGGACUACAAACACUGUUUGGGUCGUGCGAGUCAUUUGACCACACUGCACCACGCUGGUCACUGCAGGUUGGUGAAGGCCGACAGCAUAGAUCAGAUCUCGUAGAGUAAAGAAAAAUAUUUCACUGCGCUCCUGUCUGCUGACAACUUAGCCUUGAUGUAGCAUGGCUGUGUUUUUGUACCAUAUGUAGCCACGAUUUGCCAGUUUAUAAUUUAUCCUUUGCAAUGCAAAUGUAUUGAUGAAGUGGUAUUUUUUUGUAAUUUGUGCAUGCAUUCUGUGGCUUUUUUCCAUUGCCACGAAAACGUAUCUCCAGUUUGUAUGACGUUUCGUAUUAUAUUGUUAACUUUUGGAAACUUGACAUUCACAUUUUGCUGUAAACCGAAAUUAGAACAGAGCCGGUGGAUAGAACGAUGCCAGUUUUUUUUUCCACCAGGGUUACUUUAACAUCUGUUAUAUUUUGAUUUAAAGCUUUCGUGACUGCAGUGAUUCAUAUUCUUGGUUCUUUCGGUAAAGUCACGUUGAAGGGAAA